AUGGAUCGAAUUGGUAUCGAAACAAUUACAUCACAGUUCUCCCUGUUCAUUGGCAGUGUCAUAUUCUUGUGGCUCUCGGUUUCAACACUCACCGCCUGGUAUCGACUACGGCAUAUACCAGGGCCCUGGAUUGCUUCCAUCUCAAAUCUAUGGAUUAUCAAAGCCUCUACUAGCAAGAAACUAGCUGAAGUCUUCGAAAAGGCUGGAGAGAAAUACGGCCCACUUGUAAGGAUCGGGCCAAACCAGAUCCUAACAUCUGAUGCCGACUUCCUGCGAAGAACGUCGGCUGCGCGAGGAACCUACAACAAGAGCCAGUGGUACAACGCUUUCAGAUGGCAACCGUACAUGGAUAGCGUGUUCACCCUGCAAGACUACGUGAGUCAUGACAAGAGAAAGGAACAAAUAUCCAUCGCCUAUAAUAUCACCGGUCGGGAGGUCGACCUCAUCGAGCCAAGCAUCGACGAGCAAGUGCUGGCGAUGGUGGAUACACUGCGAACAAGAUAUCUGCCCGAACAUGAGAAAUGCAACCCUCCACUGCUCGACUUCAGCGACUUCUCCUCGUUUCUGACUAUGGAUGUGAUUACCCGGGCGGCCUUUGGAGAGGAAUUUGGACAUCUGAGAACCAAUUCAGAUGUCACCGGCUUUCUUGCUGAUUUACGACAACUCUGGCCUAUGGUUGCCUUGGUGAACGAGACCCCUUUUCUUCGCAGCUUCUUCUACUCGAAGACGUACCUCAAGCUUUUUGGGCCCAAUAUCACAGACAAGACUGGCAUCGGAAAGCUCAUGUCAGGUGUCGUGAGGAUUGUCCAUCAGCGGUACGCUAAACCAGAAACUCAAGUGCGGAAUGACAUGCUGGGAUCCUGGAUAGAGCAUGGACUCACUCAACAAGAGAGCGAGGCCGAAGGAAUGUUAUCUAUCAUUGCUGGCUCCGAAACCACUGCCUCGGUCUUAAGAAUCACCUUCUUGUGUCUGUUGUCAAGCCCACCAGUCUAUUACAAAUUGAAAGCUGUGGUGAAGGAAGCUGUCAAGAGCGGUACUGUGUCCGAGCCAAUUUCCUAUGGAGAGGCAAAAGAGAUACCGUAUCUGAGAGCUGUGGUAUAUGAAGGCAUGCGCAUGCGACCAGGGAAUGUGGGUGCCUUCCCAAAGGUAGUGCCACCCGAGGGAGAGGUAGUCCAGGGAAAGUUCAUACCUGGCGGCACGAUCAUCGCAAUGAAUGUACCCUACAUGCUCCGAUCUCCAGAAUUGUUUGGCCCUGACACUGGCCUCUUUCGUCCUGAACGAUGGAUGGAGGUUUCAGAAGAUGAACAGGCCGAUAUGGAACGCCAGGUUGAGAUGAUGUUCGGAUCCGGGAGGUGGAUAUGUGCGGUUGUUCCGUCACUUUGA